AUGUAUCAAACUUAUCAGUCUGUUCAUUCAUUUGAUGCACACACCAAAAGUACAAUGGCAUAUAUGUAUAAUUUCAAGGUAUUCAUAGAAUUUUUAUGUCUUACUAUUGUGUGGAAUUCAGUGAUUGCUGUACCACUCAUAUUCCAAAGUGAAACCCUGGAAGGAAAAACCUAUCCAACUGUCGAUACAAUCGCUCAAAUGAAUAACAGUAAUUAUACCAUCAGUAGCAAUGAAAACAAUGAAACAGUAACUACGACAGUGAGCAGUAUCGAAGGAACUGGAGGUGUUGUGGAAAUACAAACUGAAACUUGUGACGACCCAUUAAAAGAAUUUGUAUCUCCUGUACGUGGUAUACCACGUUGUUGUCGUAAAUGUGAACCCGGCAAUGGUAUGUUACGUUUAUGCUCAAAUGCAGAAGAUACACAAUGCCGACCAUGUAAACCAGGUUUUGAAUUUUCGCCUUUUAGAAGUGCAACAAAAAAAUGUUUGCACUGUCGACGUUGUGAAGAGAUUCAUCCAUUGGCGAAAACACGUAAUGAAUGCACUCCCGUAACAGACACAAUAUGUCAAUGUGAAAAACCAUACUAUAUGUCAGAAAAAGAACAAACAUGCAAACCAUGCACUGUUUGUAAACCUGGUGAAGGUAUAGUACAGGCAUGUGGUUGGAAUUCCGAUACACAAUGUCAAUCAUGUCCGGCUGGUUUCUGGUCUGCACAAAGUAUUGAUAAUGUAAAGUGUAUACCUUGUCAAUCAUGUGGAAAAGAUCAAGUUUUAGUAAAACAUUGUUCACCAACAUCAGAUACUCUUUGUUGUCCAUUAAAUAAUCCCAACUGUACACAUGAAUUGUCAAUGUAUUUCGACUAUUCAGCAUACGACCAAGAAUCGGAUAUAUCAGACAAUAAUAACAAAUCUAAUCAAAUGUUGCCAAUUUAUUGUUCCAUCAUGGGUUUAAUAAUUAUUUCAUUAUUAUGUUAUGUUGUAUACAAAUUAUGGCGACAAAGAGAAGCGUCAAAAAAUGCCAAAUUAACUGAUUCGUACAAUAGUAACAAAACUGAUUUAUUAGAUAGAACAUCUUGUUUGGAUAAUAAUCAUUUACAACAUCGAAGAAUCUCAUCAGGUUUCAUAAAUAAUAAUAAUAAUGCUCAUUUACCAAAUCAUUCACCUCAGUCUACAACUGAACUUAAUAACACUAUUAAUUCAACACCCGAUAACGAUAUUAAUAAUCAUCUUCAAUUUAAUGAUAUUAUUGUUGGUCAUGAAAAAGCACCAUUACUUGGGAAAUUAGAUCAUUCAAACAGCUCAUUUAGUAAUUUUGAACAAAAACCAAUAUCAGUAAUUCCAGUGAAUAUACUAGGAGUUAUUUGUUAUCGUUUAUCUCAACACGGAUGGCAGGAACUGGCUAAUAUAAUGGAUUUAGAAGCAAGCAAAUUUGAUCAAUUACCCUCAGAGGUAACAUCAGACUUAUUAUCAGCUGCUAUGGAAGCUCAAAAUACUGUUGAAUCCCAUUUAAAACUAUGUAAUCCAGAUAACUCUAAUACAAUACAAUCAAUCACUAAUAACAAUCCUAAAAAUAACUUAACAAUGACCGUUUCAAUGUUUCAAUAUAUGUGUCUACAAAAUACAGUGAAUUUAGGUCAACUAAUGAAUUCUUUACAAAAACUUAAUCGUUCAGAUCUUGUCGCAUUAAUUCAACAACACACUGGAAUAAUAAAAUCGAAAAAAUCUAUCAAUCAUUCAAAUGAAGAAUAUAAAGAUAAAACAAAAUCAAUGAAAUCCAAAGAAAAUUUCCAAAUAGAAAACUAA